AUGUUACGAAAAGCACGUAUUGUUUGUGCAGGUGCGUAUUACUGGGACGUUCCGGAGAAGGGGAAGAACUACCAGGAUACGAUACUGGACAUCAACAACUACAUUAAACAGCUCGGGGUACCCGUCAGGUACAUUCAGUACGACUGGUGGUGGUACUAUUACGACAACGACCACGGCAUCACGACAUGGGCAGCUAAACCAAACAUCUUUCCUGAUGGAUUGCAGUGGCUGUAUAACAAGACGGAGCUUCCUGUUCUUGCCCACAGCAUGUUCUGGUCCAGCAACACGACUUACGCAAAGGCUAAUGGAGGGAAGUACGACUUCCUGAUCGACGGUGGAAAAUCAUUGCCCUUGGAGGAGGAUUUUAUGAAUGUUCAAUUUGAAGAACUUCAUAAGGUGUGGAGCGACAUCGACCUGGGCCGACAAUGGCUGCUUCAGAUGGGCAAUGGCGCCGCCAAGAAUGGCCUGACUCUUCAGUACUGUAUGUCGUUGCCACGUCACAUGAUGCAGGCAUUGGAAAUACCCGUUGUUACACAGGCCCGUGCCAGUGGUGACUACAUCCCCGGCACCGCCAACUGGAAGGUGGGCGUUACGUCACUGUUUGCGUGGGCUCUCGGCGUUGCGCCAUUCAAGGACAACUUCUGGACAACCAGCGUUCAGCCUGGAAACCCAUACCAUGGUGCCACAGAACCGUUCACGACCUUGAACUCUGCAAUAGCAACCCUCAGUACAGGUCCAGUAGGGGUCAGCGACAUGGUGGGGUAUAUGAACAAGACACUCGUCAUGAAAUCUGUCAAUGCUGACGGCCUCAUCUUAAAGCCGUCACGACCAGCGACGGCAAUUGAUAACAUGCUACGAAAGCUGGCCUGGUCGGACUUUGAGGGUCCAGACGGGGAGGUGUGGUCCACGUAUUCAGAUUUUGGGGGUGAGAACAAGUACGGCAUCAUCCUGGCCGCUGAUCAAGUGGGAAGCUACACCAUGACGCCAUGCAUGGCGGGAUACCAAGGGUUUCCCAACUCGAUGGUGUUCCCUGCCAAUGAUCCUAACAAGAUCCAACCUCUGACGGAUCCCCAACCUCUGACUAUGAGUGGCUGCACCACUGUUGACUUCUGUCUCUUCUAUGUAUCGCCGGUACUCAAGGUCAAUGGACAGAUAUUCUGGGUCUUGGCUGGGGUGAUAUUCGAGACAGAUAUUCUGGGUCAUGGUUGA